UGCUCACUUCCACCCGGGUGUAUUCAUGCUUUGCUCCACCACUUAGCAAGCAGCAAUCGGUCCCGUUUAACUCUCCUCAACGUCCACAUCGGAAAUACAAGACAGAACAUGCAUAUUAAGACAGGCACGUGGGAGACGAACAACACCGUCUGCGAGGCCGACGCCCUGUACGACUCCGCCCUGGUCUCCCCCCCCAACCCCGAGCCCCCCGUCCGGAACCGCCGCCUGUCCCCCGGCUCGGCCGAGUGCGGAGGGGGGGGCGGGGGCGGCAACCGCACGCGGGGCAAGUCCGACGCGCCCCCCCCUCCCUCCUCCUCCUCCUCCUCCUCCGAGCACAGAGCCCACCUGAAGGGCCGCGGCCUCCGGAAGCUUCCGGAGGGCCCCCGGGGGGGCCGGGCGCGACCGGUGGAGCGGGCCCGCUGGGCGGGGGAGGGCCUCUCUCUGCUCAAGCCCCCCCCGGCUUUCCCGGUGCAGGACAGCCCCGCCAAGCUGCAGCCGGCCGUCAGCUACGCCUCCAAGGUGAAGUCGGGCGGGGCCGGCGCGGGCCCCGAGGAGCCCCCCGCCAUCGGCGUGCUGCUGCAGAACCAGUGGGGCCUCAGCUUCAUCAGCGAGGGGCCCCCGCCGCAGAACGGGCCCUCUUUCGGGGCGCCCACGUGCUUCCCCGCGGACACCCCCGCCCCAGAGACUCGCACAGAGACCCCGCCUCCCGCCACGCCCCCCCUCCGCCUCGGCCAGUGUCGCGAGGAGACGGACACCUCCGGGGAGCUGCUGCUCGGCUGUCGCCACCUAGUGGAGGCGUUGCGCUAUCACACCCGAGAAUGGAACGUGCUCUCCAACAAGCAGAAACAAGGGUCUACCAAGGUCAUCUGGUACAAGAACUCUGCAGAUGAACCAGCCUAACACAUGCUGAUCUGCUUCUAACACCCACCCACACUCACUCACUCACGCGCGCACACACACACACACACACACACACGCGCAUACAGUUAAGUAUUUACUCGGGGUGUUGACAGUUUGCUUUUUGCACUUUUAAACGAUAUUUUUACCGUGCUAUUCCAUAAACAUUGAAACGUUAAUUCGCUACAUAAUGUCUUUGUAAACCGCAAAUGUCUUUAGACGGGCGCAUUGCUAUGCUUCACGUCUUCCGCAUUUUUCAGAGAAAAGAUAUGUCUGUUCACUAUAUGUUCUCAAAGAAGCGUGUUCGUUUGAUGCUAUCGGGACGUAGACUUCCACACCUUAAAUGUGUGGGCCAUAGGAAAGGGCUUGAGCUGCAUUAUAGGUGUACACUGAGCUGAUGGCGUUGCUGGGGUUUGACCGACAUUCGUCCAACUUGUGUAAAUGCACGACGUUUUAUUCGCAAACUCAAUUCGGUGAGUUGGCUUUAGUGACUGCUGAACUCUGAAACCGUUUGUGAGCGUAGGUAUUUUUCCGCUUUUAAGUAUUAGGCAAAGUCGGUGUUGGUCGGUCCCCCGCAAAGGUUCAGCGGUAAAACCAAAUACUAGUGGCCCGAGGAACGUUGAGGUGAAGAUUAUCUGCGUUUCCUGACUUACUCAGGGAAAAAAAUAAAAUAAAUCACGUCCCUAGUUUCAAAAAAAAAAAACCCCACUCCAUUUAACACCGUUGUAUUUGUAUUUAUCUUCUUUCUACUUCUGAAACGCAGCCUACUGACAGAUUUGUUUGUUUGUUUGUUUUGCCUUGAUGAAUAUAUUGUCGACGGUGAUUGGCUACAAGGUCUGACCCCAUACACUGUGUGCCCAAAUCCCAUGGGGGUGUUUAGGUUUGGGGUCAGUCUAGGAUAUUUGGCUCAAAAUGGAGACUGUUUGGAUGCGCACGGAGUCGUAGUUGAUCCCAGAUCAGCGUAAAUCGCACUCUUAACCUGCUGUGUGAACGGAAACCGGGAAAGUGGUAGCCACAAGUAGAGCAGAGACAUUUUGCUUUUGAGCUCGCUUUCAUCACUGUAAAACACGCUACGAUAUUUUUACGUCUAAUUAUCGUUUAAUUGGUUAAAAAUGUCGGUUAUUUUUUUGUGCGCAUCAACACUCUUGGUAUCUACUCGGUUGCACGAACGCACGGUGCACUCACGCAAAACACACACGCAAAACACACACGCAAAACACACACACAAAACACACACACGCACACACACACACACACACACGCUCCGGACUAAUGUCUUGAAAGGAGAAGGAUGGACGGAUUUCUUCCCCGACGCCUUACGAAGAGCCUGCCUCACAUCCGGACCUGGAGCUCGAAUGUACAGACUGGGGGGCUGUCACUUUAACAAAGAACUGCAGUCUUAUCGCACGGACCUUUUUUUUUUUAAUUUAAUUUUUUUUUUAAAGAUCUCCCUGAAAUGCGAGUGAUCAAUCAAGCACUUUCUGAUCUAUUGUAACCUGGUUCGUUGUACGUAGUCCCAUCAGACUCUGACUGUUUAAGAGCACAGCUUUGAAAUGUAAUAAUAAUCCUAAUUAUUUCUUUUUUUUUUUGUUUGGCUUUUUCUGUUUUCACUGGAAACGGAUGUUCGUUUCUGUCGAGUUUACACACGGACGGGAGAGCCAAGUCACCUAUUUGUUGGUUUGUUUUGGUUUUUCAAUUAUUAUUUUUUCUUUCUUUUUUUUUUAAAACCCUGUAGGGAUUGUGGUCACAGAUAAUUGCCUUGCCUGAUUUGAACUACACUGGAAGAGAUUAAGAAUUUAAACGCGAACAGUAUUUCAUAAUAAAAAAUGAACGCAAGAUAUUGUA